AUGUUAGUGCAGAUUCCGAUUACCACGAUACCGACGGCAGAUCGCAGAACGAAGAUGACAGACAGGUUGACACAGCUGCAGCAGUGUCUGGACCAGAUUGUCGAGCAGUUUGGCUCGGCUAUUACAUAUGUAGAUCGCAACCAUGACUUUGAGCCUCAUAACGAGCUGGAAGACAAGCUAUCAGACCCCCAAGCUACGAUUGCUGCGGCCGAGGACUUCGACAGGAACAUCGAUGAGCUGACCACGGAUAUGAUCCUCAAAACGCGGCAGAUCAUCAAACUCAUCGACUCGCUGCCGGGUGUUGACGUAUCAGCGGAGGAGCAGCUGAGUCGCAUAGAUUCGCUGCAGAAGAAGCUCAUCCAAGUGGAGGGGGAGAAGAUAGAGGCAAUAAAGCGGAAGGAGAGCCUUACUAAGGAUAUUGAGGAAUUAAUUAACGAGUUUACAGAAGGUAUUGCGAAUUCGCGACGGCUAAACAAAGCCUAG